AUGCCGUACGGUCCCGGUGAAGUGCUGCUCCUGUCGGCGACGCCAGAACUCGGUUUCGCCGAUAUAAAUCGCUUUUGUGCCGUCGAGGCUGAAUCUAGCAUAGACAAUCGCGCGCGUGUCCUCGGUCUGAACCUCCUCUGCGCUCUGUAUGAAGAGGCCAAGGCGAAGAACAAUAAGGCCAAGAAGGCGCCGUCUGCUUUCGCGCUCGAGGAGGAGCGGAGGGCAAAGGCUGCGGCAGAGGUUCGCGCACAGGAGGAGAGGGCGGCGCAGCUGGCUGCUGAGCAGGAGUCGGCGAAGCGGGCGGAGCGCGAGGCGGCAGAGCUAGCGGGUGCGGCAGAGCGGGCGGCGCUGCGCGAGGAUGCGGAGCUGGCAGAGGCGCUGCUCCGGUCAGAGGUGGAUGCGGAGGAGGCGCUGGCGCGUCGGGUGUCGCGGUGCGAGGAGGCGGUGAGCAGUGAGUCGACCGGCGGCGGCGGGGACUUGCCGCGGCGUGUCGAUCGGCUGGAGGCGAGCCUCGGCGCGGCGACCGAGGGUAGCCUCGAGGAGCGGGUCGGCGCAAUCGAGCGCUUGAUCGAGCCGGAGGCGGGAGAGGCGGCGGAGCAGCAUCUGCCAGUCACCGAGCCGCUUGCUGCCGUCUCACUAGCCGACGCCGGCCUCGACACGGGGCGGCCGGCUGCCCCCGAGUCCACGAUGGGGGGCGAGACCACGUGUAUCGUGUGUUUCGCGAGAGUCAAGUCGCAUGCUGCGGUUCCGUGCGGGCACCUGUGUGCUUGCGGGCCAUGCUCUGAGCUGAUGCGAGAGUGCCCUUACUGCCGCGAGCCAGUGAUGAUGUGGAUGGUUCCGCGUCCGGUCUAG